AUGUCAUUACCACUUGAAUACAAUGUUACAUUACCUGACGGCAAUAAGUUUGUUCAACCUUCAGGGUUAUUCAUUAACAAUGAAUUUGUAAAAAGCAGAUCAGGUAAGACAAUUGAUUCCAUUAACCCUUCAACAGGUGAAAUCAAUGGGUCAGUUUAUGCAGCAGAUGAAGAGGAUGUUGAUUCUGCUGUCAAGUGUGCUAGAAAUGCAUUCAAUACUGUGUGGAGAAAGACUACGGGUGUUGAGAGAGGAGAUUUACUCAAUAAGUUCGCACAGGUCUUACUAGAACAGAGAGACUUAAUUGGUUCCAUUGAGGCCUGGGAUUCAGGAAAGACAAAAGAACAGAAUGCCGUGUAUGAUAUUGACGAAUGUAUCAAUUGUUUUAAGUAUUUUGCAGGAUGGGCCGAUAAAAUUCAAGGUAAGGUGAUCCAGAAUGAUCCAAAAAAGUUGGCAUACACAGUCCACGAGCCAUUUGGAGUGUGUGGGCAGAUUAUUCCUUGGAACUAUCCUUUGGCUAUGGCUGCAUGGAAACUAGCUCCUGCAUUGGCUGCUGGUAAUGUCGUGGUUUUGAAAUCGUCCGAAGUGACCCCCUUAUCCAUUUUGUAUUUGGCAAAGAUUUUCAAAGAUGUAGGCUUUCCACCCGGUGUUGUUAAUAUUUUAUCUGGAUAUGGAGCAACAUGUGGAAAGGCAUUGGCUACUCAUUUAGAUGUCGAUAAAAUAGCUUUCACUGGGUCAACUGCUACUGGAAAGUUGAUUCAGCAAAUGGCUUCUUCUAAUUUAAAGGCUGUGACUUUAGAAUGCGGCGGGAAAUCUCCAUUGAUUGUGAGACAAGAUGCUGAUUUGGACCAGGCUGUUAAAUGGGCAGCCAUAGGUAUCAUGAGUAACCAAGGCCAAAUUUGUACGUCAACUUCCAGAAUCUAUGUUCACGAAUCUGUUUAUGAGAAAUUUAUAACAUUAUAUGCUAAACAUGUAAAAGAAGAAUAUAUUCAGGGUGAUAUGUUCGAGAAAGAUGCAAUCGUUGGUCCACAGGUAUCCAGACAACAGUUUGACAAAGUUUUAUCAUAUAUUGAUAUCGGAAAGAAAGAAGGGGCUAGAGUUGUCUUAGGUGGUGAAAAAAAUACCGAUGGAAACAUGUCGAAAGGAUUUUUCAUUAGACCAACUAUCUUUGCUGAUGUUAAACCAGAUAUGAGAAUUGUCAACGAAGAAAUAUUUGGUCCAGUUGUAACCUGCGGAAGAUUUGCGUCUGACGAAGAAGCUAUCAAAUACGCCAACCAAACGGAAUAUGGAUUAGGAGCAGCAAUAUUUACCUCGGAUAUAACGAAGGCACAUGAAAUGGCAAGUGAUAUUCAGGCUGGUAUGGUUUGGAUAAAUUCUUCUAAUGAUUCAGACUGUCAUGUUCCUUUUGGUGGGGUGAAAAUGAGUGGGGUUGGUAGAGAGUUAGGUGAAUAUGGUUUAUCUAUGUAUACCCAAGCUAAAGCUAUCCACGUUAAUUUAGGUACAAAGUUAUAG